AAGAAUAUAACGACUGGUUGGGGUAUCAUAAACAGGUUGCUUGAUAAGUUUAAUAUUAAAAUAAACUUUAUGUUAAAGUGAUUUAAUUAUUUAUUUAGGAGGAAUAAGAAGUAACAAAGUGGCCAACUUUUAAAGGAUGUUAAAAUUGGACUCCAGUGAAAAUUCUUCCCCAAAAGAAUGUCAAGAUUUAUGCCUUCAACUCGACAAAUUAGCUUUAAAAUCUGAUAGCAAUGAUGAUGAAAAUGCCAGCAACUUUACCUCACUGCCUUUGGAAAUACUCUAUAACAUAUUCGAAUCUUGCCCCCUGCGUGAACAAUUAGUUUUAGCCAAAGUUUGUAAACUAUUUCGUCAAAUUAUACGCGAUAUUUAUUAUCGGAAAUUUAAAUAUUUCCAUUAUAAUUAUUUAACCUUUAAAUACAAACUGCAGCUGCAAGACUAUGAAAUUUCAGAAUUUUGUUAUUUAUGUGGCCGGGCAGUGGAGCGAGCACGUUUUAGUACCUAUUUCAAUAUGGAUUUGCUCAAGCACAUAGAAUGGAGUGGCAUACGCACAAAUCCCAUGGAAAAUUUGAAAUAUUUCAUCAAUGAUAAUUUCAAGCAAAAUGUUAAAUAUUUUAAGAAUCUCCAAGAACUAGAGGUGCAAGGCAAGUUUUUGCAAGAUCAAACCAUAAAGGAAUUGUCCAUAAAUUGUAAAAAGCUAAAGACCUUACGUUUACUGGAUGGCGACAAUCGCUGGCUGUGGGGUGAGCACUUGCAGGAUUUGCAGUCAAUAGAAAAUUUGGAAUUGAAAUCAUGCCGUAAUUUAGAUCCCAAUCAUCUAAUAGCAGUAAGUGAAAAAAGGCAUUUGAAGUCCUUAAAUAUAGUGGAAUGUGAACAUUUAAAGGACAUACCGCAAAUGUUGAAAUUAUGUAAUUACUGGCUUAAUUUAGAAACCUUAAGACUGACAGCCUUUAGCCAGGAUAAUAAAUUUAUAAAAGCCAUUUUAAAUUUGCCUAAAUUGAAAAUCCUACAAUUCUAUUGGAUUAAUUUUAUGCCUUUGAAUUUUGAGGAGACAUUUUUUCUGGAACUAAGUCUUCACAAAACUAAAUCUUUACAAUUGAAAAACUUAAAAUUUGAAAAUGAUCGUUAUUAUAUAGAAGAUGAGUCCUUGCAGCAAUGGUCUGACGAGCAAUAUGCCAUAAUGAGAGAAAAUGUCUGCAUUAAUGGCCAGUCUUGGCAGUGGUCUUCGGAAAUAUUUGAUAAAAUUUCGCUAAAUUUUGAGAAUUUUAAAAAUUUGUUAACGCUUUCCUUUCACUACUGCCGUUUGUUGGAUUAUGAGCAAAUGAAAUGUUUAAGUUUGAUUAAUGACAAGCUGGAGUUAAUUAAAGUUUUGGGUUGUCCCAAAAAGGAAGAUGUUCUAUUUAAAAAGCAGUGGCUGCAGGAGCAGGUGUCUGCUAAAUGCCAUUUGAGCUUUGAAAGUCUAUUGCCUUUAGCGGAAGUGUUGAAUCUUUAUGAGGAGGCUAAUUCAAGGCAAUUUUCUUCGUUUUAUCGACGAGAGCCAGUAUUGCGCAGUAUUGAGUGUCAGUUUAAUUAAUGGAAUUGAGAAGAAUUAAAAUACAUAUAAAGAAGGGAAAUUAUUAAAAUGAAGCUGAUUUUAUUUAAAGAGAUAUGAAUCAAAUAUGUAUUUCACAAGAAAAGUGAAAAAAUAAAUAAAAUGUUUGCUUGGAAUGAAGCUAAAA